AUGUUUGCGUCGUCGGCGUAUGCGGCGGCCAGCGUGCUCGCCCACUCGUUUGGAAGCACGCUAAAAAAGGGCGACCAGGUGUUGCUGUCGGCGAUGGAGAGCGAUCAUAUGGUAAUCCCGUGGCGUGUUGCGGCGAGGAAGUGGGGGUUCAAGCUCAAGGUGUUUCGCCCAGAUAUGACGGAGGGCGGGGAAUUCGCGUUUGGAGAGUUUGCAGGGAUGGUUUCGGGUAACACGCGGCUGAUUGUCUUUCAGCACGCGUGUCCAGUCUUCGGUUCAUUUAACCCGUUGAAUGAGUUUAUGGAGUUUGCGACGGGGUGCGGGAUUCCUGUUGCCGUUGAUGCGACGCAUUCUCUACCCUGGGGAAAGGUGAAUGUCCAGCAACUGCGAUGUGAUUUCUUGCUUGUCGACUGCGGAGCGAUAGGCGCCCCGCGGGGUUCAACGUUUCUGUACGGGCGAAUGGAGAGGCUUCAGCGAUUGCCGCCAGUUUUGGGCGGGGAGGAUACGUUUGAGCAGUUUUACAUGGGCAAGCUCAAGGUCAAGUUAGCGAGAGAUGUUUCUAACUGGGCUUCAGUCCCUGAGCGAUUUGAGGUUGGCUUACCACCAUUGGCGGUCGGAACGGCUGUGGCAACGGCCUUGCGAGAACAUGAGCGGAACAUGGACAGCGACUUGAUAGCACGUGGAGAACAGCUCGGAGCGAAGCUAUAUUUGGAAUUGAGCUCGAACCCUCGGCUCAAGGUGUACGGAAAUGCCAUGACGCUGAGGAUCCCUUGCGCCACCUUUACUGUCGACGAUGCUGACGAAGCCGCCCUAGCUGAACAAUUGCGCAAGCACAAUACCUUCAUUGACGUCGGGUCGCAUGGCUCCCGAGUCGCCCACAAAGAGGAGCUGCAGGUAGAAUCUUCUUUGCGCGUUUGUUUGGACCCCCGGAUUCACACCCUCGAAGACGUCUCAAAAUUUUGUCAUGUAGUUGAAAUCGCAUUGAAGGAGCUCGAUGGCUAG